CUGUAACUUGUUUUAUUAUGAGAGCAAUCUAAAGCAACCUUCGUAACAUUUAGACGAACAAUAUAUCGUAAUAUUUUGUUUAUUCAUCAUCUCUUUUUACACGAUUUAUUAGAAGUUCUACGUUGACAUGUUGGGAAAGAUUAAAACAAAACAACGAAAAGGAGAAAUUAUUGCAUACAGUGAGGCAGCUAUUAUGAACAAUGCUGCUGUUGUUGAAUAUUGUAGAAUAUCUAUGGCAGCGUUAUCAGGGGGUACAGCCGGAUUAUUAGGUUUAACUGGACUAUAUGGUUUUGGGUUUUAUAUAUUUGCAGUUUUUGGAUUAUGGGCAAUGUUACUUUUAAAAGCUGGCGGGCAAUGGAAAAAAUACUUUAUUAGUAGAAAAAAUCUUUUAACUAGUGGAUUUUUUGGAGGGCUUUUUACUUAAAAUCUAUAUUAGACAUACGUAUUAUUUUGGACUUUUCUAUAUGGUAUGGUUCAUGUAUACUGAAAAGAAGAUAUCUUAAAUAUACACAUUUUAUAACGAAAUGAUUGAAUAACAAUAUGAUAUACCGUUAAAGAUAAUAUAUGUACAUAGCCAAGUUAGAAAUAUUGCUAAAAGCAUAACAAAAUAUUGCGUGAUAAAUGAUGAACUUUGGCACUUGUAUAAAACACAUUCGUAACUGGGAUACAUUUAUAAAGUAAUAACACUGAUUUACUUUACAUUCCACAUUAAAAUAACGAAAAGUUAAAAAAGUAGAGAGAGAAUUACAGUACAAUGUAAUCAAAUAUUUAUUUACCCUGUAGUACACAUACAAUAAAUGACCAUUGUUUUAUAUGUAAAGCCAAUUCUUAAACUCAGAGAUCAAAAGAUAUAUGUAUAGAAUUAUUCAUGUCCAAAGAUUAUAUUAAGUCUUAGAGUAAUUCGAAAGAAAAGUCGAUUUUAAAGUUGUAAUAAAAAUAAAAAUGUUCUAUAAUAA